AUGCAGGAAGGAAAAAGGCGUGGAAAAGUGGAAAGAGUAAACGUACAUUUAAGAGUUCGACCUUUUAAUGAUGAAGAUUUAAGCCUAUAUGGGAAAGAUACUUCUAUUGAUACAAUUGAUCCGAAUAGAGGUGUAAUCGUAAUUAAAAAAGAUUGUGAUAAAAAGACUUUUACGUUUGAUUCAGUGUUUGAAUCGACUGCGACGCAAAAGGAGAUUUAUGAAAGAGUAGGGCAGCCUGUUGUGAAUUGAGAGAGGGAAUUAUGCAGAUAAAUAUUUUAUUUUUGGAGAUUUUUUUUGAAAAAAAAAUUUUGUGAAUAGCAUAUUAGAAGGAUACAAUGGAACAAUUUUUGCAUAUGGGCAAACCGGGACUGGGAAAACUCAUACAAUGAUGGGAGCAUCUGGAGAACAAAAAGGUGUAAUCCCGCGAGCAAUCCAGCAUAUUUUUCAACACGUAAAAGAAGAUACCGGCUUUACUUUUUCAAUACAAGUAGGUUUUGUCCAGCUUUAUAUGGAAAUGCUACAAGACUUAUUGUUUCCAGAUAAUGAAAAUCAAGUGAAAAUUAGAGAAGACCCUGAUGAAGGGGUUUAUUUGUCAGGCGUCCAAUGGGUAACUGUAAAUUCUGUCAAAGAUUGUAUGGAUUUAAUGGUUAUAGGUGACAGAAACCGAAAUACAGCCUUUACAAGCAUGAAUUCUCAUUCAAGCAGAUCUCAUGCAGUUUAUAUGGUAAAGCUUGAAAAAAGAAAAAAAUAUACAAUAGAAGAGCUGGAAGCAUUAGAAAAGCAAGGAGAAACGCCUGACCAAAGUAUGACUAGAAGUACUUUGUAUUUGGUAGAUUUAGCUGGUAGCGAAAGAGUAAAAAAAUCAAAAGCGGUCGGGAGUAGGCUUGAUGAAGCAAAAAAUAUUAUCCUUUACUGGAUUAUUUAAUAGAAUAAAUCCAUAUUUUAUAUUAAUAUUUUUUUAAUAUUAGCAAAAGAGCGAAUUAAUUUUAGGCAAUAUAACUUAGCCUUGCUAGCUUUAGGAAACUGCAUUCAAGCACUUGCAGACAAAAAAGCAAAAUAUGUCCCUUUCCGUGACUCUAAACUGACACGCUUAUUAGAAGAUUCUUUAGGAGGAAAUUCCAAAACAUCUUUAAUUGUGACUAUAGGGCCAUCUUCUUCUCAUGCUCAAGAAAGCAUAUCAUCGUUGCAAUUUGGCUCCAGAGCAAUGAAGGUAGAAAAUAGGCCUGAAAUCAAUAAAAAAGUUGACUAUAGAGCUCUUUGUGCUCAACUCCAAGCUGAGCUUGACAAAUUUAAUGAUGGUGAAAAUCUUUGAAUAAUAGACAAGCAAAAAUUAAUGGAAGAAAUAACAGAACUUAAAGAAAAAAUUGAAGUCCUCACAAGUGAAAACGAAAGACUUGAGCUACUUAAUCAAGAAAACCAGCAGGUGUCGACUGGAUCAACCCAAGCUGCAAUUGAUGAAUUUAAAAAAAAUGAGGUUCAAAAAAUACAUUCGUAUUAUCAGUCAAAAUUGGAUAAAAAAAAUGAUGAGCAUAAAGCAUUUUUAUAUUAAAUUUAUUUAAUUUUACUUUUUGCAUAAUUUAGUAAGUAAUAUAUUUUAGUCAAAAAUAAAGCAAUAAUUUCUAAUAGAACAGUAUAGAAGAAAUUGAUAAAUUAAUGCUUGAGCAAGAGCAAGAUAUAAAUAGUAUGAGAAAUGAGAUCAUUGAAUUAAAAAAUAAAAACAGGUCUCUAACUCUGAGCGAAAAAAAAUUUCGUUAAGGGUUAAUAGUAUUUUUUUUGAAAUUAAAAAAAAUAUUGAUUCAUAAAUAAUUGAAAGCGAAAAUUAAUCUAAUUUUUUUGUUUUAAAAUGCGAGCUGUUUAAAAUUUGACAGAAUUAACAAGUGUUUAUUAUACUAAUUGCGUGGGAGUAAGAGAAGAGGUUAAAAAAAGCAAAGCUGAGUUUGAGGCUGAGAAUAAUGAUAGACAGUUCAGGAUUUCUGAAUUAUCAAAUCAAAUAGAUGAAAGCAAAAAGAAAUUAGCAUCAGAAAAAGAAAAAAACCAUAUUUUGAAUGAAAAUUUAAAGGAAACUAAAGAAGAUGCAAGACUUUUAGCACUACAAUUAGAAGCAACAAAAGCAAAGGUUAAUAAAAGUUUGAAGAAAAUAAACUUUAAAGGAGUAAAAGAGCUUUCACAAGCCUUGAGAAAUGAACUACUUGCCAGUGGGAAAGAAUUUAAUAUGCUUAAAGAAGGAAUUACUGCAAAAAUCAAUCAAGCCAUAAAAUCCAAAAUGAAUGAUUAUAGUAAAGUUCUUGAAAAAGCAAAAAAAGAAAUAAUAACGAGAGAGCGACAAAGUAAAGCCAAGGACAAUGAAAUUAAAGAUUUAAGAGAAGAAAUAGAAAUUUUGUGCAAUAACCACAAGAUUGAGCUUGAAAAUCUAAAGUCUUCAAUAAAUAAAGAAAAAAACAAUUCUGCAAUGAUAACUUCCCUAUUCGCUACUGGAUCAAUUUAAAACUAGUAAUAUAUUAAUUAAUUAUAAUUUUUUUUUCAAAAAGUAAUUUAUUCUUAUAAAUAUUAUUUAAUUAAGCGCAUUAAGUGAAAAACUUCAACAGAAAGAAACUGAAAUUGAAGCAAAUAAAAAAGCUUAUGAAGAACAAUUAAAUAAUAAAGAUUCUGAGCAUGCAGACAUAUUUAAAAAGCUUGAGCAAAAUAUAGAAUUUCUUACAAAAGAAAAAGUGGAAAUAAUGAAAGACAGAUCUCAGCUCAUUGAUAAAUUGGAUUCUUUAUCUAAAAAAACAUCAUUUAUUGUUAGAGACAAAACAAAAAUUUCUGUUGAAAACGAAGAGAAUGUGAAAUACAUAAAAAAACUAGAAGAAGAUUUAGAAUCUGCGACUAUAGAGUUAUCAAGACUAAAAGAAAUUUUAUUUGAAACGAAUUCAGAACUCCAGUCUCUUAAAGAAGAAAACUCUGUUCUUACAUCAAAAUUAAAUUCAAAUAAAAGUGAAAUCUUACUAUUAAAACAGUCAGUUUCUGAUCUUGAUGCUAAAAAAAUUGAAGCUGAAAAAACUUUUGAAAUUAAAAAUAAAGAAAUAAAUGAUAAAGACUCAGAAAUUAUAAAGCUCAGCAAAGACUUUGAAAAUCUUAACCAAGAAUAUACAACUCUGAUGAAAUUAAAUCGCGAAAUGAAAGAAAAUCUCGAAAUAGAACGAGAAAAUGGCGAAAAGCAAGCUGAAAUCAUUGAUGAUCUUAGUGAUAAAACAAAAAAUUUGGAAGAAGAAAUUGUAGAAAUUAAAGCCAAUUAUGAAGAAAAACUAAAAUUAAAAGAGUCUGAAAAAGCAGACUCUCAAGUAAAAUUCGAGCAAAAUAUAGAACUUCUUACAAGUGAAAAACUAGAAAUAAUGAAAGACAGAUCUCAAAUAAUUGACAAAUUGGAUUCUUUGUCUAAAAAAUACUCCCUAAUUGAAAGCGAAAAAGAAAAACUUUUGCUUGAAAAUAAAGAAAAUAAUUUAUAUGCUAAAAAACUUGAAGAAAACUUAGAAUCUGCAUCCGAAGACAUAUCAAGACUAAAAGAAAAUUUACUAGGAAUGAAUUCUGAGCUCCAAUCUCUUAAAGAAGAAAAUUCUGUUCUUACAGCAAAAUUAAAUUCGAAUAAAACUGAAAAUUUACUAUUAAAACAGUCAGUUUCUGAUCUUGAUACCAAAAAAAUUAAAGCAGAAAAAACUGUGGAAAUUAAAAAUAAAGAAAUAAAUGAUAAAGAUUCAGAAAUUAUAAAGCUCAGCAAGGACUUAGAAAAUCUUAACCAAGAAUAUACAACUCUAAUGAAAUUAAAUCGCGAAAUGAAAGAAAAUCUUGAAAUAGAACGAGAAAAUGGCAAAAAUCAAGCUAAAAUCAUUGAAAAUCUUAGUGAUAAAACAAAAAAUUUGGAAGAAGAAAUUGUAGAAAUUAAAGCCAAUUAUGAAGAAAAACUAAAAUUAAAAGAGUCUGAAAAAGCAGACUCUCAAGUAAAAUUCGAGCAAAAUAUAGAAUUUCUUACAAGUGAAAAACUAGAAAUAAUGAAAGACAGAUCUCAACUAAUUGAUAAAUUGGAUUCUUUGUCUAAAAAAUACUCCCUAAUUGAAAGCGAAAAAGAAAAACUUUUGCUUGAAAAUGAAGAAUACCUACAAAAAAUUGCUGAUUUAGAAAAUAAAAAUAAGCAGAUUGAAAAAAUUAUCUCUGAUAAAGAAAAAGAAAUCCGAAAUAGGGAAAAACAAAUAGAAGAUCUUCAGAAUGAGCUCCAAGAGAGUAAAAAGGAAUUAUCAGCUGAAAUUAGUGCUUCAAAGCACGAGAAUCUUAUGCUAAAAGUAUCUGUUGAACGGAUGAAAAUGGAAAAUCGAAAAGCCCUUACUGGAAAAGAUACGGAAAUUGCUGCAAACUGUAAAAAAAUAAAAGCCCAAGAAAAAGAAAUAUCAAAUAUGCAAGAAGAAUUAAGAGAAAUAAAAUCAUCUUAUGAUAAUUAUAGAAAGAAGCAUGAAGAGGCAACAAAUAUGAAUCUAAAAAUGGACACUGCAGCAAGAAUGAUACAGAGAGUUUGGAGAAGCAAGAAAAAACGCCAAAUUGAAAAAGAAGCAAUUAUUGCUCAAAGAGUAAUAUCUAUAUAGAAAUAUCACGAAGAAGAAGAGCAGAAAAAAAAUCUUAGCAUGGAACUAAGCCAAAUGAACUCAAAAGCAGGAAUUCUGCUAGUAAGGAAUAAUUAUAAAGAAAUAAUGUCGAUGUUUUCAGGCAUCUAUAAAGAGUUUAUGGGGGAAGCAAAUGUUAAGAAAACAGGUAGUUUUAUAAAUUAA